CAGUGCUAGACAGAGCUGGGAAGAAAAAAGGUGAUUCUAUAUUUGAAAACAGACCCACAGUGUGGAGCUGUAGGGUUCCCUCUAGAUCAAUCCCAAAUGUCUUCUCUGCAGCCUGCAUAGUACAAUGCAGUUCCUGGCCUGGUUCAGUUUGCUGCUUCUCCUUCCUUGUUUUGGUAUGACCAAAACCUGCUUCCCCGGCUGCCACUGUGAAGUGGAAACCUUUGGUCUCUUUGACAGUUUUAGCUUGACCAAGGUGGACUGCAGUGGAAUAGGCUCACAUAUUGUUCCUGUCCCAAUACCUCUGGAUACCUCCUACUUGGAUCUAUCAUCAAACAAACUGGAAACAAUAAAUGAAUCAAUGCUUACAGGCCCUGGAUACACCACACUGGUGAGUCUUGACCUGAGCUACAACAAAAUUGCCAAGAUUUCCUCCACAACCUUCUCCAGGCUUCGGUACCUGGAGUCCUUGGAUCUGAGUCAUAACUCUUUGGAAGUCCUUCCAGAAGACUGUUUCUCCAGUUCUCCUCUUGGCGACAUAGAUUUGAGCAAUAACAAGCUCUUGGAUAUAGCUAUGGAUAUUUUUGCAUCAAAAGGUCAAGGAAAAUCCCUGAAUGUGGAUCUAUCCAAUAAUAUGCUCAGCACAAUUACAAGGCACCAUAAAAAGAGCAUCCCCAACAUUCAGAAUUUAAAUCUUUCUGGAAACAGGCUAACAUUCGUGCCAAACCUUCAAGGCAUUCCUCUCCGAUACUUAAAUCUUGAUGGGAACCCUCUAGUCAAGGUUGAGAAAGGAGACUUCACAGGGCUGAAAGAUUUGAUUCAUUUAUCCCUCAGUGGCCUGCGUGGCUUUCAAGAGUUAUCUCCUCAUAGCUUCAAGGAACUCUCAGCCCUUCAAGUUCUGGAUUUAUCCAACAAUCCCAACUUGAGUUCACUGACUGCCGAAGUUAUCUUUGGUCUGAACUCCCUACAAGAGCUCAAUCUCUCUGGGACAGGUGUGUUGUCCUUGCCAAAGACUGUGCUGAAAUAUCUGCCCUCCAUCAAAAGCAUCACCUUGGGGAAGAACAUACAGUGUCUUAAGACCAUCAAAGAAGGACAGUACCACCGACAAAUUGGGCUGACCAAAAAAGAAGUUCUCAUUUGCCAUGAUAGCCAUGGGUCCAUAGCAGCAGCACCUUAUGUUUCGUGGUGAAAGCUGAGGAGAAGAAGGGGUGGGACAGGGAGGGUGGAGGGCCAUGGGAUUUGUGUAGGUGUUGGACUGAGAUGGCUUGCAGUGUGCCUUUUGUAAAACUGUCAAUAAUUUAUAUAUUUGUAUAUGCCAAUAGUUAGUUGAUUGUGCAUUUUAUAAACUCUCAAAUCUUGGCCCACAUUAUCUGCAGGCUCCAAACUUUACCUGGUGCAUUUUGGUCCUGCACUCAUCAUGUUGGCCAAGAGCAGUGAUGCUGGACAACGGGGGCCAAGCUGCUCUGCAGGUCCCAUAGUAGAACAAUCAGUCUAGAGCAAACCUUCAUGCCUCAGACAUGUUUGUAGGAGCAAAGCUACAUCUCUCCAAAGCACACACCAAAACGUACCAACUCUGCAGCUGCUUACUUACAAACCCAUGCAUCAUCCUUUUUUUAAUUAUUACUCCCCAAAAUGUGCCUUCUGGAUGUUGCUCUCAUUAGCAGCACCCUGUUCUUUGUCAUGCACUUUCAGUCUUGAAGAAACAUUUCCAGACAAAGCUGAACACAGGGUGCUCCUAAUGUGCUGGGUUUUACAUGUUAUUUGCAUAGGUGUGCAACAAAAGCUAAGUCAAGAACUUUUCCCACAAGUUUCUCCCUGUUUUUCCAUCCUUAUCCUUUUCAUGUCUAAUUAAAUUGGUUCCAGCUUUGGCAACCUCCUGUCUUUUUAACCUCAGCAAGCCAUUGCUCAGAAAUUAUGUGCAGCAGAGGAAGGGAAGCAGAGGGGUCUGCCAACAGCCAUAUCUCAUCCAAGAACCAGCCUUCGAUGAAGGAGGUUGCAAAGGGAAGAGAUCAGGUAGCCUAUUUUAGAAAAAAAAAAAAAAAAAGAAAAAAUCCCUCCUCCCUUCCUGGGAAAGCUUGGAAGGAAGGAAACUUUGACAGGGAUUCUUGUCUUGACAACCUUAUCAAACCAAGACGCAGACCUAGAGGAUAUGAGAGUAAGUUAUUUCCAUGCUGAACACCACAUCUGCUACUCAUCUGGGCAUAUGUAAGGCAACUUCCAGCACCAAAACGCUCUUGAGAUUGUGCCAGGGGAAGAAUUAGCACUGAUGUCGGUGACCAUGGAGCACUUUGCUUAUCAGAGAAAAGAUCUUGGGGUUUUUUUCCAGAGUUGUGGCUUUUCUUUCUCUCACACAACUACUUGGCUGACAACCAAAAUCUGAUAAAAAUCCUGGUCCUCAAAGAUUUGAUCAUUUUUCACUCCACUGUUGAAAUGCUGGCAAAGAAAAGGGGAGUCCCUGUGGACCUUCUUCUCCUCCAGGCUAGGAGAAAGUGGGAGAAGGCAGCUCGGCAUGACUAAAUGCCACGUGUGAAGCCUUCAACUUCCUUAUAGGACCAAUGGAUGUGACUGCUGAGGUCUGGUCCACAUCUGGAGUGUUCUGUCCUGGGGGAUGGGAAGGGGUGUUGUGAAUGGGGUCCUGCUCAAACUGACCUGCAGUUUGAUCUGUAAACCCAGCCUUGCAUCAAUGUUUGAAACUGAUACAGGGAGAUGGAUGUAAAGGUGAUGCAGAUAUAAAUCCAUCUCACAACUAUCCUUUGGAGUGUUGGAAGAAGCUCAGGUUUCAUCCCCAUACGCCCAAUGGUCUUUGCAAAUGGAAACUCUGUUGCUCAAAACAGCUGACUUCAGGGAUGGUUGAAACCCACUGACUCCACAAAAGUCAGAGUCAACGCCUCACUUUGGAUACUGAAAUCUGUCUCUCACAUUUCCACCUAUGUCCAUUUCAAUAAUUUGUUUGGAGACCUUAGGGUGGGAUUUUUACCCUUUCAGUGUUGGGGCUUUUACCCCUCUACUGAGCCUUAGCAAUGCUCAACCAGCAUUCACAGUCACAGAAAACACAUUGAUUUUCUUAAAAAGGCAAUGGGACUGCUUAUUGGCAGAGAUCUGAAAGGGAACAGGAACCAACUGCACUGCAAGAUGGGGGCAGUUUGUGAUGAAAGAAGUGGGUUUUUUUAGUUGAUCUUGCCUUUUUAAGAUAAUUCUUUUCUGCUGGCAGAAAAUGUAUUUUUUUAAAAAGAGAAAUUUUUUUAAUUUUUUACGUCUGUACAUAGAUGAAACAUUAGGGGUAUCACCUACUGUCAAAAUUACUGUCUUUUCAGUGCUGUGGUAAAUUUAAAACUCAAUGUGACAAUCCAGUUGAAGACUGCAAGAUUUCCUUGUAUAAUCUCAUGCUAGCUGCUAGCUAAACUAGUCUUAGCAAAAGCUGGCAAAUACUGUCGCUGUGUAAGUUUGUUUUUUUAAAAGAAUCUCUGCAGCAUUGUAAGACUUUGUGAUUACUCACAAUAUAAUAAAGUGGUUUGGAGGAGAAUAAA